AUGGUUUUCUCGUUUGCACCUUUUUCAGCAUUAUCAGUUGUUUCGACAUUACUACUUUCUUCGGCGCAAGCCACUUAUCUCAGGAAUGAGUUGAGUUUUGGUCAGGACGGCCACAUAUCGCCAAAUGGCCAUUCAGUACCUAAAUUCCAUAUCAGCGGAAAGCCAGAUCCUCCUCAGAUACUCUCGAACAAAUUAGUCCUCACCCCACCUGCACCAGGAAACCAGAGAGGCGCUGUAUGGGCAGAAGAGCCUUUGCUACAUAGUCAAUGGACGGUAGACGUGGAUUUUCGAGCAACAGGUCCGGAACGAGGUGGUGGAAACUUCAACAUAUGGUAUGCCAAAAGCGGGCAGAACGAGAUUGGCUCAGCCGGCAUAUACACGGUGGGGAAGUUUGAUGGAUUGGCGCUGGUGAUAGACCAAUACGCAGGAUCUGGUGGAUUUGUGAGAGGAUUCUUGAACGACGGAAGCACAGAUUACAAAUCGCAUCACAGCGUUGACAGUCUCGCAUUUGGACACUGCGAAUACUCCUACCGAAAUUUAGGAAGGCCAUCGCGGAUUACUCUACGACACACCUCGGAGUCGUUCAAGGUUACUGUCGACGGAAGACCAUGCUUUGAAUCCCCCAAAGUCAAACUUCCUCUUGGAAACUUCUUUGGGCUGUCCGCCGCCUCAGCAGAGAACCCAGACUCGUUCGAAGUCUUCAAAUUCGUUACAACAACCGAUCAGCAUUCAGCAGAUUCUGCUGCGCAAAACCCAAUACACGAUACAGGAUAUGCAGCAGCCGACUCGCAACCACGAGGCAAACCCGCCCAGCAGCAAAAUAGCGGCAAUAUCCCAUCCUACUCAGAAGGCGACGACGUACCCGCCUCCAAAUUCCAUAGCAGCGCCGAACAAUUCGCCGACCUCCACAACCGCCUCCAAAGCAUGAUGAAGCACAUCGGCCACAUCAGCCAACAACUAAUCGAAGAACGCAACGAAGCACUCAAACGACAAGACCUCCUCCUCGCCAAGCUCCAAAGCAUCGAAGCCUCCAUCAAGAUCCAAGAAGGCACACCCAACAUCAUGAAAGACGUCCAAAGCGACGUCCGCGCCACCAAAGCCGAUCUCCACGAAGCUCUAAAUAUGCAUGCCGCGGGUAUCAAGGGCGUAGUGCAGAAUACGCAUCAUACUGUCAUUGGAGAGAUGGCAAAGUCUGGGGUUGGACUGGGCUCGUUUGUGUUGGUGGUUGUGGCGGGUCAGGUUGUGGUUGUGGGCGCGUACGUGUUGUAUAAAAGGAGAAAGGCGAAUGGACCGAAGAAGUAUUUGUAG